GAGUUUGUCAGAGAAUGGUUAUCUUCCAAUGUUUACAUUCUUGGUGUUUCUAUGGAUUGUUGUAUUUAUUUUCGUUUUUGAAUGUACACUUUUGUUUUUAGCUCUGCUGCUUUACUGUUCUUUUAGUGCACUGUGAGAUAACUUAUAUAUCUUAAGUUAAAUUAAAACAAAAACCUGUAACGAAAUGGAUAUCCUUGGGUCGAUUUUGAAUUCUAUGGAUAAACCACCUUCGGUUAGUGAUAAACAAAAAAGUUUAAUCAAAAAGCAGAGGGAGGAACUGCUGAAAAAGCAGAAGCAAGAGAAGGAUAUGUUGAACCACUUCAAGGCUAAGGUGGAAGAAAGCCUUAACAAAUUCAUGCGGGAUGAGAACAGACAGAGGUACAAGUUCGAGCCCAUGGAAGCAAUACACCGGUCCAUCAUACACGAGGUGGCAGAAGUGGCCGGGAUCCCUGCGUUCUCGCUGGGCGAGGAGGGAGUGGACCGCUACGUGCUGGUCUGCAAGAAGCAGUUCAGCCCUUGCGAGGACGAGUUGGCAGCCCUGCGGCGCGGGGAGGCCUGGGACCCGGAGAAAGCGCGGCAGUUGGCGCUGCAACAAGAGCUGGAGCGCAAGGAGCUAGAAGACGAGACAAAGAAGAAGCCCGAGCAGUUUGUUCCUGCAUCGAACUACAGGGAGAAGUACGAGCACCUGAUUGGGCGAGAGGCAGCGAAGGAGGCCGCCCGAAAGACUCACACCAACAAGCAAUAUGGCUUUGUGCCGAGCGAAAACAAGAAAGACAUUCGCUCCAUUGAGCAGACCCUCGCAGACAUACAGACCAAGAAGCGGCAGAAACUGAACCACCCAACGGAAGCUGAAUAGUGAUCUUGCUGGAUAUUGUGUGUGUGUGUGUGUGUGAGAAGUGUGUGCUGCUGUUCAUUAGUUUGCGGCCAGGAACCUGCGUCUGAGUGUUUAUCAAAUCUCAUCGACAAGUUGCAGCAUUUUCUGAUCUCCCUGUGGUUGUAAAUAGUCACAAUUGCUCUCAUUUUACCAAAUAUACUGUAGGUUAAAGUACUGAUUGCAAUAAAUAAUUAUAAACUUUGA